AUGCCUGACAACGACGCGGACGAAGACACUGGCGCUCAGUCGCCUGCUGCUGCCGACGCCGAGGUCGGCGACGACAAUGACGACCGAUCCAGCAGCCUCAGCGAUCCAAUCGACGAGGAAGACGAAGAAGAGCAUGCGAAUGGAAUCAAAGAGACGAUAGCUCAGACCUCUGUACAUCAGUCGCUAGAGGUGGAUUCCGAGGCCGAGACUGAACGACUCGACCACACACCAGACAAAACCCGCAAGCAGGGGGACAAUGCCGGAAAGACACCCAGCAAGCUCAGUCAAGCUGCGACAGCCGAUGACGACCUUUCAGACCCGCCGUCGCCUAUCCCAGUCGGUCCAGGUGCAGCCUCUAGCACGAGCACCGUAGAAACUGCUGGGCAAAAGCGCAAAAGAUCAGACACCGUGGACAGCUCUUUGACGAGCGCGGACUCGAACAUGGGAGAGUCACCUCGCAAAAGAAGCCACAGCUCUGGCGCGGACGACGCGAACACCGAUAAGGAAGUCGCAAACGCAGAAACGAUUGAGGAGACUGAGGAACCUACAGUCAGCAAUGACGCGGAUGACACCCUCGAAGUGCAAGAUUCUUCAGUCGCGAUCGCUCCAAAAGUCGGUCGGGGCCGAAAACCGGGAAAGCAGAAAGGAAAGUACAAAAAGGGCAUUGCGAAAGAGACAGCACCGGAGACAGAAGUUGCAGAAGUAACAGCACCGGCAGAAGAAGAGCAGAGCGAAGAAGCUGCAGCAAAGUCGGCGGAAGAUCUCAAGCAUAAGCAAGCUGCGUCUACAGUUUUCGAAGACGUGGUGAAGCAGUUUGCGUCAUUUCGAGAGAAGAUAUUCAGCGAACGACUCGCGGCCGUGGAUGCUGAAUUGGAAAUGCUCAAUCAAUCGGACUGCAAGCAUCCCGAGUUCCUACGGCAGAACGCAUGCGUUGAGGCUCGGCACCAGAAACAGGUCAAUGAGGCAAAGGCGUUCUACAAGUACAAGAUGGAAAGUCUUCGACGAUCGACACUGGGAGAGCGGAGUCAGCUGCACAGCCAAUACUUCCAGCACGCACGCGAACUCCGGGAAGAUGUUAUGUAUAAGCUUGGAGAGGACUGGUACAAUAUUCAGAAAGAGCGUCGUGAAAGUGGGAUGGAUGACAACGAGAGAUACAUCUACAAGCUGCCUACAAAGAAGAGCGCACAGCUCAAGCAGCAGGCCAAGUACAACCAAGAGGUAUCGGUUCUCAGCGGCAUCGCGAAGUACGUGGGAUUUCCUGCCGCGCCUGACAUCUCGGGUGCGGAAGGCGAUUCGUUGGAAGACGAUAUGAAGGCUAUGAAGCUUUCCAAGAAAGCAACUACAGCCAGUUCGCAGCCAGCGCCAGUACACUUCCCCAAUCGGACAGGGCUGGUGCAGCCGCAGAGCGAACGAAUCGCGCAUGAACAGUUCCUGGAGCAAACGCCAUGGGCUAGGCCUCAGGCUCCGAUCCACAACCACGCCAUGACCUCAAUAUCUCAUACCCCUGACUGGGCAGCAGAGCCUGGGCUUCAGAUCUCGAAACACCUUGUACGAAAUCUUAGUGGCAGCGUGCAACGAAAUGGGAGCCCCUUCGCGACACCAAUGCCUCAGAGAAAAACUGCAGUCGAGCAUUCAAGCUCAGGGACAGUACCAGCGAACAGCGAUCCAGUGGAACCUCCGUCAAGCGUGAUUGCUGCGCCGCCUACUUCAGACAGGAAUCGCGGCCAGUUUGGCAGAGAACAAGCAUCUCCGCUUGCCGUGGCCAAGCAUAGACAGAAUGGAGGCGAGCGGGAACUUACCGGAUUUCGCAACAUCUCCAACAUCUCAGGCGCGAGCACUAUCGACGCAACGCCUGAUUCCGCUGAGAAGGAGAGGAGUGCGCGAGAGUCUCUUCCUGGAAUACACAAAGAAUCUUCAGCGCCGCAGCACAUCUUUGGCACAAGUCAGCUUCAGCAUCCUGACUCCAAGAAGCAACAAGAAGCGUAUGCCAACGUCGGCUUCAGACCACAAGAAGGCGCAUUCGGCACUCCGACACCAUUACCGGCCACGAGUGGUGCACCAUAG